AUGUCUCGUUUUUUUUCUGCCUCCUAUGAUUCUGAUAGUGCAAGCUCGUCGUCCGAAGAGGACUUACUGUCGUCUUCCGAUGAAGAAUUAUUAAGCUCUUCUGUUGAGGAAGAGGAGUCUGACGAUUCCUACUUCAAUGAUUCGGAAUCUGAAUCUGACAUAGAUUCCGACGACUCUGAUUCGAAGCCAUAUGGUCCUGAUUGGUUUAAGAAAUCUGAGUUUAGAAAAGGUGGAGGUAACAAAUUCUUGAAGGGUGCUAACUACUCUGAUUCUGGUGAAUCAGAGGAUGAAGGAAAGAAAGUUGUCAAGUCUGCGAAGGAAAAAUUACUAGAUGAUAUGCAAACUGUUUUCUCCAAGAUUGACACCGCCGAAAUGACACAGGAUUGGAUUACCAUCUUGACUGAAUUUGAUAACAUAUCUCGUCUUUUGAUCAGAGCUCAACAACAAAACUAUGGUACGCCAAAUAUAUACGUGAAGACUCUUGCACAAGUGGAAGAUAUUGUCGGCAAAACUUCCCAAUCUGAUAUCAAAAACAAAGCUGUAUCCAAAGCUUAUAACACCACUAAACAAAGAGUCAAAAAAGCUGCAAAGGAAAACGAGGCUCUAUUGACAAAAUUCAGAGAAGACCCAGAAGCUUUUGAUGGGGAGGCAACUGUUGAAAUCGGGACAUCCAAUAGCGAUGAAAUCUCACAAUACGGCAAAAAAUCAAUUAAUUUAUCAUCCGUUGCCAGUGGCUCAUCGGAAGCAGCCUUCUUUUCAGCUUUGCGUAUUGUCAUUGAUUCAAGAGGUAAAAAGAAUGUCGAUCAAGCUGGCUUAGUCAAAACUGUUGAAGAGCUUUUAGAAACUGCGAAAUCUUCAUACGAGACUAUUAUGGCAUAUUUGACUUUGAUUCCAAUCAGGUUCGACGUCUCUGGUAGCAUGUCAUAUCAACCAAUAGAACAGUGGAAAUUAUGUUACAACGAUACCAUGAAAUUUUUGACUCUCUUGGAAGAAAAAGUUGAUACUUAUGUUGUUAGUGAGCUAGCUCAACGCAAUGAGUUCUUAGAAGAGGAGCCUGAAGCUGAUGAGAAUGGUGUUAAGAAAAUAGUAGGCUCUGUUUUUGCUUUUGUCGAAAGAUUGGACGAUGAGUUCAAUAAAUCCUUGCUAAACACUGACCCUCAUUCCAGUGAUUAUCUAGCUCGCCUAAGACAGGAACAAGAUAUCUACAAUUUGAUUCUCAGGACUCAGUUGUACUUAGAGGCAACAACUUCCGAAGAAGAUCAAGAAAAAGUAUUAGCUCGUCCUUUCGUGAAAAGACUAGAUCACAUUUACUAUAAAUCUACUUCUUUGAUAAAAAUAAUGGAAAACAAUGCGUGGAAGUCAUUUGUACCACCUAAUCCUUCCAAAAUUACCCCUUUUACCGGAGAGGUAAAUGACGAAUAUGCUAUAAAUUUGGUAGGAAAACUGUCCGAAAGCCUCCGUAAAAACAAAAAUGGCGGUAUACGCAAGCGUGCCAUUUUGUACCAUGUUUACUUCAGUGCUUUGAAUAUAGAUUUCAACACAGCCAAGACAAUGUUGAUAAGUUCCAAAGUUCAGGCAUAUAUUAAUAACUCCGACCCCUCUUUGCAAAUCCUUUUUAACAGGGUUGUUGUUCAACUAGGUUUAGCAGCAUUUAAACUCUGUCUAAUUGAAGAUUGUCAUCAAGUUCUAAACGAACUAUUAGCAUCUUCUCAUCUAAGAGAAAUUUUAGGCCAACAAACGCUUCAAAGAGUGACUGCAAACUCAACGUCCUCUAGUGCCGACGAACGUGAACAAUUGUGUCUACCAUAUCAUCAACACAUUAACCUUGACUUAAUUGAUUUAGUCUUUAUGACGUGUUCUCUUUUGAUUGAAGUUCCGCAAAUGACAGCUUUCUACUCCGGUAUAAAGGUGAAGAGAAUACCUUACUCUCAAAAGUCAAUUCGUCGUGCUUUAGAGCACUAUGACAAAUCUAGUUUCCAAGGACCUCCUGAAACUCUAAGAGACUUCGUGCUUCACGCGGCCAAAUCCAUGCAAAAGGGAGACUGGAAAAAAUCUAUUGACUACCUCAGCUCCAUUCCAACUUGGUCUCUGCUACCUAAUGCUGAAAACGUGCUGACAAAUCUUGGAGAAAGAGUUCAGAUUGAGUCCCUAAAAACAUUCUUCUUUAUUUACAAACGAUUCUAUUCAAAGAUUUCCGUUGACAAAUUUUCAAAGCUUUUCAAUCUCUCUAACGAAAAGGUCAUUCAAAUUUUAGAAUCUGCAAUUUCGGAAUACGACAUCAAUACCAAGCUUGAUGACUCGAAGGAUUUUUUCAUUGUGGAGAAAGGUGAUGAGAUUACGAAAUUAGAAGAAGUUGCACUGAAGUUGAACAAGGAAGUCAAAAUCGCGAAGGAACGAUCAAACCCCUCUACAGCUCGCCGUUAG